AUGAAUAAUGGUGCUUACCAAAAGGGCUUUGCUUUGGCUGAAGAUGCUGACUUAGUUGAGGGUGAGGAAGAAGAAGCUACUGUAGAGACUGAUGAGGGUGCUGCUGAGGAAACAGCAACGGAAACAGAAUCUGCUGUCACAGAUAAGGGUGGAGAAGAGGAGGAUGAUGAUGAAGAAAAACCCAUUACCUCAUCUCCAGAUGCUGACACAUACAUUCUCUUUAUCAAGCCAGUUGUGUCGUCAGAUUUACCAGCUGGAAAGGUGGUUCGUGUGUUGGUGGGUUUCACAAACAAUGGCAAAAAGAACUUUGUGAUUGAUACCAUGGAGGCUUCUUUCAGAUAUCCACAAGAUUUCACAUUCUAUAUUCAGAAUUUCACAAAUGUCCACUAUAACCAGGUUAUAGAACCCAAACGACAAGCCAGCUUUGAAUAUGAAUUUAUCCCCAAUGAAGCUCUACAUGCUAGGCCUUUUGGCCUGGUUAUCAACAUCAACUACCAAGAUGAGGAUGGAAACAUUUUCCAGACAGCAGUUUUCAAUGAAACUGUCAAUAUUGUUGAAGCAGAUGAUGGCCUCGAUGGAGAGACCUUCUUCCUUUAUGUUUUUCUAACGGCUGUUAUUGUUUUGGUAUUGGUUGGAGCCCAACAACUUCUUGCCUCUUUAGGAAGAAAAACUCGCACAAUAAAACCACGAGUAACUGUGGAGCUUGGAACCGAGAAGAAUGAUGUAGAUUACGAGUGGCUCCCAAAGGAAAUGCUGCAAGAACUGAACAAGUCCCCAAGACGAGGCACCCCAAAGGUCUCUCCCCGAAAGCGUCGCCAGAACAAGCGAUCUACAGGAGCUGGAGAAGAGUAA